CGCGCUUGGUCUCGAUCGGGGGAAAGUUUUCGUGUCGAAUUCAGACAUCUUAUGCCGGGAAAUUUCAAAUCAACGACAGUUUUUCAUUUUUGGAAUUGUUAUGAAGAAUUUAAUUAUGAUUGUGCGCGAGUGAUUUGUGCCAUGUGAAGGAUCUUAUAUAUAUUUUUUAAAAGGAAUUUAUUAUUAAUUAAGGGGUACUCUAAUAUGAAAUGCCAAUACUGAUGAUAACGAUCAAGGAUCAGCUUGUGGCUUAAUCAGAGUGAUAACAAAAAAAGGAAAUAAACAAAAGUGAAAAUUUUUAUUAAACGACCAAAUGGUACGCGGGUGAUAAAUAAACGUGGAGUACUUGUUUCUUCACUAUGCUGUGGAUUAUCGCGCUCGCUUUGUGCACCGAGAUGUCGUCUCUCGUUGCUGGAGUAACGCGACGCCCAACACCACCACCAACCAGGGAUUCACCCGGGGAUUUUGUCAACGACGAGGUCGAUCGCCAGAUACCCAUUGACACGGUUCAAGGAGUAGCUGGACAACAGGUGUAUCUCCCUUGUGACAUACUCCAUCCUCGUGACAUCAAUGAUGCUGUAUAUAUGGUACUGUGGUUCAAAGAGCCACACGGCGAGCCAUUCUACAGUUACGAUGCGAGGAAUCGUCAAUCGGGAAAGGCUCGACUCUGGAGUGAGCCGAGAUUCUGGGGAAGUCGGGCGACAUUUCAGGUUGGACCACCGGCGCAACUCCUCAUUCAGGAUGUCAGGCCAGGUGACGAGGGCGUGUACAGGUGUCGAGUCGAUUUCAAAAACUCACCGACCCGGAACUUCAAGGUCAACCUGACAAUAAUAUAUCCACCAUCGAAACCAAUAAUCUACGAUACGAAGAGGCGUGACAUGAGCAAGUUGCUGGUGGCGUACGCAGAGGGUGCUAACCUCACGCUAGUCUGUGAGGUACACGGAGGGGAGCCAAAACCUCAGGUGAUGUGGUUUCUGGAGGGCAGAAUGAUCGACGCAACGUACGAAGAACGUGAGGUCCAGGGACCAACUGGUGAGAUUAACACGGUUACUGUGAACCGUGUCACACUCAGGGAUCUAGCCAGGAGCCAGCAUCAUGCCAAAUUGACGUGCAAAGCGAAUAACACUAAUCUGGCUGAACCACCAUUCACUACUGUUGUUAUUGAGCUUAACAUGAGACCAUUAUCAGUUAAAAUAUUCGGUAAGGAGAAGAUUGUAUCGGCAGCCAAGAAGUACGAGAUCAAGUGCCGGAGUACGGGAUCCAAACCCCCGGCGGAAUUGACGUGGUGGAAGGGUUCGAAACUGCUGAAGAAGGGAGUAAAAAACUUGCAGGACGGAUCAACGAGUGAGAGUGUACUGCAGUGGUAUCCAAGCCACGAGGACGACGGCAAGUACUUGAUCUGCCGAGCGGAGAAUCCCCGAUUACCCAAGGCCACCAUUGAGGAGCGGUGGAAUCUUACUGUACACUAUAAGCCAGUGGUGACACUCAGAAUGGGCUCCUCAUUGAAUCCCGAUGUUAUCAAAGAGGGAGAUGAUGUUUAUUUCGAGUGUAACGUCAGAGCAAAUCCCAGUGCUUCAAAGCUCAGCUGGUAUCACAAGGGUACAAAGUUGCAUCAUAAUGUAACAGGUGGGGUGGUACUUUCUGAUCAUUCAUUGGUACUCCAGGGGAUAACUCGUGAUGCUGCUGGUGACUACACCUGCAUGGCUAAUAACGAGGAGGGAGAUUCGAAGUCUAAUAUCGUGGUGUUGGAAGUUAUGUUUGCGCCAAUCUGCAGGCACGUGAUAAAUGAGGAGCCAUCAGCCUUAUCUAAAGCAUCAAUACCACCAGCAUUGAACACUAUUGAGCAACUCCAUGGUGCUCUCAGGCACGAGACGAUAGGACUGGUUUGUGAGGUGGAGGCUAUACCGACUGCAGUUACCUUUCGUUGGACAUUCAAUAAUAGUGGUGAUCUUAGUGAUAUUCCAUCCAACAAGUUCAGCAGUGAUGGCACUACGAGUCGUCUCAAUUACACACCAUUAACUGAUAUGGAUUAUGGGACCAUUGGGUGUUGGGCUAGCAAUGUCGUUGGCCAAUCUAGACAGCCAUGUUUCUAUCAGAUCAUUGCAGCAGAUUUUAUUUUUGAAACAGGGAGGCCCCAUCCCCUCCAAAACUGCACAGCUUACAACAACACAGAGACAAGCGUACGCAUAUCAUGCAUCGAGGGCUUUGAUGGAGGAAUGCCACAAAAGUUCGUUGCUGUAAUCAAUGAUCAACAGUUUGAAUCAACGAGACCCUCCUGGGAAUUGGCGAUACGAAAACCAACGAGAGUUUUAUUAUACGCGGUCAAUGGAAAGGGAUCCAGUGAUCCAGUUAUCAUGAAUGAUAUCUUCCUCAAGGGUGUCGCCAAAUUCACUGGUGAAUCAGUAACAUCCGUGAAUAUGUCACCAAUUUUAAUUGGCCUGGGUGGUACAGCAACGGGAUUGGGAUUAAUUGUAACUGGUGUUUUAAUGGCUCUCUGGAGGAGACACUCAGCAACGCCGGCCAAGCCAAAACAACCCCAACAGCUGAGUAUUUCGACCUUCGGAAAAAACGAUGAGGAGGAUGGUAAUCCUGAUUUAAUACCCACGACGGAUGUGACGAAUCAUUUUUCCGAUAAAAAGCUCUCGGUUUACGGAUCUCUGCCGCGAAGACCCUGCCACCUGGAGGGACGUGAAAUGCCCCACGAAGUUCUCGAGGAUCCGGAUUAUCCCCGGGCAUCGCCCAACAAUUUCUACAGCUUGCAGAGGCCCACCCGUUACUCCGAGACGAUAAUAAGAACGUCAGCAAUUCAGGAGAGUUGUAUUUGAGCAUCUGUAUGCACCAAGAGACCAUAAAUACCGAGUGAAACUUCCAUCACCAGAAUUCCAGCGACUCACAAUGCUGGAGAAUUUCCAUAACGAACAUGAAGAAAAAAAUAUCAAAAUAUUGAAGAAAGCCCCUACCUCUGGAUGGUGUUUCAUUUGUUUUUUAAUUUACAUCGACAUCUUGUACAAUUUUUUAAAUAACUAAUCUUGCACAAGAUGUCAACUGCCAUGAAGCUAGAUUUUUCAUAAAGCAACAAAAAAGAGACGUUAAAUGCUGAA